AUGGAUUCUAAAAGUGAAAAUGAAGAAUUAAAGUGGAAAGUAGUUAAAAAACACACAACUGGGACUGUUCCUGUAAUUCCUUCAGAUGUAUUUGAAGAAGAAAAAAGUAGUGGUAUAAGCGAAGCUAUUACAAAAAGUUUAAGAAAUCCAUUUGUUCCUGCUGGAUUGAUUGCUACUUGUGCUUGUCUUAUAGGAAUGUUUUCUGCUACAAAAAACCGUGAUUUAUUAAAGGCACAAUAUUACAUGAGAGGUAGAAUUGCAGCUCAAGCAUUUACAGUAACUUCAUUAGUAAUUGGAGGACUAUACUCUUUAAAUUGGGAUUUAAGUGUUUUUUUUAAAAGGUCACCAAAAUUACCCAAAUUUUCAGAAGUAAAUCAAUAA